UAUACACCUCACCCCUCAAUAUUCACCCAACUCUAUCCUUCUCUCUCUCUCUCUCCAAACACAACCAAAAGCUUUAUCUCAAAAUCACCCAAAAAAAGAAAAAAUGGCUAUCCUCAAAAGAUCUACAAAACUAGCUCAAACAGCAAUGCUCAAGCAGAUUCUAAAGAGAUGUUCCAGCUUGGGUAAGAAAAAUGGAAGAGGAUAUGAACAAUAUGAUCUUCCUCUUGACGUACCAAAGGGGCACUUCCCUGUCUACGUAGGUCACAAUAGGAGCAGAUACAUAGUCCCUAUCUCCUUCUUGACCAAUCUUGACUUCCAAUGUCUCCUUAGAAGAGCUGAAGAAGAGUUUGGCUUUGAUCACGACAUGGGUCUUACCAUUCCUUGUGACGAACUCUUCUUUCAAGAUCUCACUUCCAUGAUCCGGUGAGAUCUCAAUAGUUUUAACAACUUGAUGGAGGAAAGGUAAGACAACGAAGAAGAAGUCAGCUGAAGAAGAUGGAGAUGGAGAUGGUUAAAGAUGAAGUUCUUUUUUUAUAUAUAAAUUUUGUAGCUUCUCCUUUUUUUUUAAAUCAUCCUCUCUCUUUCCUUUAGUUUGAUGACUCUUCGAUGUUUUUCCUAUAUUUUCUCUUAUUUUUGGUCCUAUAAGCUCAAUAUUGAGUCUUUUUUACGGGUUGAUCUUUGACUCGUCUAACCAAAAUAAACUGACGAGCUGGAAAUUUGGGUUUAGAUCUGUGAAGAAAGCUUGUAAUAUUUUCCUCAUGGAUAUUUCGUUUGUUAUUGAAUCUGUGGG